CUACCGUGUCAGUAGUCUGUAGUCUUAAUUGAGACACAUUUCUGUGAGAAUCGACGGGCAACGAGACAAGUCAUUGUCCAUCUGAAGCAAAACUAACUGACCUUAUGACAACUUCGUUGGCUAUUUAACUGAUGUCACAUGGCUGCUCAACUCUGCCCAAUGUCCAAGAGGUUUGUGGCUGCUGGAUGUUAAUCAAUUUCGAAUCGAGCUAGUCUAUUAUCAGUAAGAUCUGCGUGUGAGAGCAAUAGACGAGUUCAUGGCCACACCACCACAAUUCAACAGUAUAGCCAGGACGUCCAAAGAGCGAGUAUAGGAGAAGACGAGUUACGAAGCUGCCCGCGCUUGAAUCUAGUGUAUAGGGGAAACUUUGUUUAGCAAAGGUGUCACAGCAUUAAUUUUUUCUCAACUCGUUGUAACUAGUUGCCGUGGUAAUGUCUCAUUCGUGCAACAGGUGUUACAUUGGGAAACAUUGUAUGAUUUCCUAAUCAGCUAUCGAUAACGAGCCACGUCGUAAAUCCAGGCAGAAAGUUGCUGCAAGUAUGGCAGACUUGAGAACAUUCAACGUUGUGAUUCUUGGUAUUGGAUUUUUGUUGAUUUUUACAGCAUUUACAACGUGUGGAAACAUUGAACAAACCCUGAUUAAGAGCUUGGAUAAUGGUAGUUUUACUGGAAGUGGGUACGACAGCCUGGGAAUCAUCUAUGGAGUGUUUUCCUUCUCAAAUUUACUUGCUCCAACCGUUGUUGCUGUAAUUGGACCACAGAUUACCAUGUUUUUCAGUGGAAUUCUGUACAGUGGUUACAUAGCCGCAUUCAUCACUCCAUCAGUAUGGUCCUUUUAUUUAACUUCAGUAUUAAUCGGCAUUGGAGCAGCCAUGCUUUGGACAGCUCAAGGGCACUUCCUUGUGGAGAACUCAGAUGCUGCCACUAUUAAUAGGAAUACAGGGAUGUUUUGGGCUCUUCUACAGUGCAGCAUGUUUUUUGGAAAUCUAUACAUUUAUUUUGAGUGGAAUGGAAGUACAGACAUUUCAGACAGGAGCAGAAAGAUGAUCUUCACAGUUCUGCUAAUCACAUCUGUACUAGGAACCCUUAGUUUCCUAGUACUGAGGAAGACUCUUCCUUCAGAAGAGAUACUUUCUGAGGAGGAGGGGCAGUCUUUGCUUCCAACUCGCAUGAUGUAUAAGCAAAGGGCAAGCACGGCUGUAAAGGAUGCAAAAUCGGAAUUCCAAACAAUUAUACAACUGCUUAAAACCAAAACAAUAUUGCUCCUGAGCUGCUGUAUGGCAUACAGUGGCCUUGAGCUAUCCUUUUACAGUGGGGUAUAUGGGACAUGUAUUGGAGCAACAUCAGAGUUUGGAGAAGCAUCUAAAGGGUUAAUUGGCAUCUCUGGCAUUGUAGUGGGAGUUGGAGAAAUAAUUGGUGGAGGUUUAUUUGGGCUAAUAUGUAAGAACAACCGCUUCAGACGCACGUCUGUGGUCUUCUUGGGAAUGGUCGUCCAUUUUGUUGCCUUCUACUUGAUCUUCCUCAACAUCCCAGAAGAUGCCCCUAUUGUGUUAAAAACCAACACACAGCACAAACCAUAUCUCACACCAAGUGUAUCAAUUGCCCUGCUGUGCAGUUUCUUGUUGGGCCUUGGCGACAGUUGUUUCAACACUCAGUUAUACAGCAUCUUGGGGCGUGUGUAUGCUGAGCAAAGUGCACCUGCCUUUGCUAUCUUUAAAUUUAUUCAGUCCAUCUUCGCAGCAAUCGCCUUCUUCUACAGUGGCUAUCUACUUCUGACAUGGCAGCUCCUACUAAUGGUGAUCUUGGGCUUUACUGGAACACUCUGCUUCUUUAUGGUGGAGAGAAUGCAAAAUUUCUCUGUCGAUCUGCAAGAAUACUAGCAGAAUUGUCAUCACAAUUUCACUACUGACAGUUAAGUAUAGUACAACAGUAAUGUCCUUGACAUUUUCUGUUUUUGCGUUUUAACUUACAUUUUUAUUCCGCACACAAUACACCAACUUGUACCUUGCUCUUAUUUAUGUAUAUUAAUGUAGACUUCUCUUCACAUGCACACAACCUUUGCUGUCACUCUCAGGGUUGAUAUAUAAGAUAUUCUUACACUUUUGCAAAAGUGUUAUUCAUCAAACAUAUCAUGAUUCCUCAAGAAACCUUUCAUAUAAAUCAAUAUUAGCUUAUUGAUAAAAUGUUUGACAAGUGACGGUCACCAAAGAAUUCACAGGAAUUACUUAUUGAAUGUGUAUUUAUCUAUUGUACAGUUGUGUGUGUGAUAAACCCAUUUAUAUAGUUAAGAAGAAUACACCAGCGCUUCAAGUCCUUCACCUCUCCAUUGCCUUGUAAUGCAAUGCAACCACUACUUUGUGACUUAUUUGGAAAUCUUUUUGAGCUUUGAUACAAUCCACUGUUUAAAAUGUAGACGUAGUUACAACAAUGUAUAAAUUAGAAUUUAUUGCUAUCAUUUUUAUGAAUAUCCUGUCAGUAAUACCCACAAUUCAUUUUGUCUCUUUUUAUAAAU